CUGUUUUUUCAGGAAGCUAGCCGGAUAUCCACCGUCUCACAAGCUUCGUGGCGGUGGGUGGAGAGCUGUGCAUCCUUUUCCUUGUUUAUCUCUCCCAAGCACUGACAAACGGGCGCUCAGCCUGUCUUAUCUGGCCCUAGGAGGAGUAUAGAGGCCGAGUUAAAGGCGUGACGUCAUCGCGCUCACCCUCCUCACCGAAGCUGGCUUGAGACGUCAUCAGCGUCACAACCAUCAGCGGCAGCAGUAGCGCUGCGGGCAGUAGGAUGCAGCCGCCGGGCCCCGCUGUACGCCUGCACACCAACAACCCCCCCGGGGACUUCACCUUCGUCUCCUCCACCGAGGCAGAUGAUCUGUCUGGCUCAAUAGCGGCACCUGAUGUUAAGUUAAACCUUGGUGGAGACUUCAAUAGAGAGUCAACUGCCACCACUUUUCUUCGCCAGAGGGGAUAUGGAUGGUUGUUGGAAGUAGAAGAAAAUGAUCCUGAAGAUAAUAAACCUUUACUGGAGGAGUUGGACAUUGACCUUAAAGACAUUUACUACAAAAUUCGAUGUGUUCUGAUGCCAAUGCCAUCCCUUGGAUUCAACAGACAAGUAGUUCGAGACAAUCCUGACUUUUGGGGACCACUUGCAGUUGUUCUAUUCUUUUCAAUGAUCUCACUGUAUGGCCAGUUCAGAGUUGUGUCCUGGAUUAUCACAAUUUGGAUAUUUGGAUCACUAACCAUAUUCCUGCUUGCCAGGGUACUUGGUGGAGAUGUGGCUUAUGGACAGGUCCUUGGUGUCAUAGGAUAUUCCUUGCUUCCAUUAAUAGUAAUUGCCCCGGCUCUUCUAGUGGUUGGAUCAUUUGACAUUGUUUCCACAGUAAUAAAACUCUUUGGUGUGUUCUGGGCUGCCUACAGUGCUGCAUCCUUAUUAGUCGGAGAAGAAUUCAAGACGAAGAAGCCUCUUUUAAUUUAUCCCAUCUUUUUAUUGUACAUUUAUUUUCUAUCUUUGUACACGGGAGUGUGAUGACAGUUUUUAGACAGUCCAUUUAUUUGGUACAGUAAAGUUUGAUGCUGGUUGGGUUGGGAGUAGCCUUCUAAUGGUUUAACUCCUUUCAGAAUUUUUGGAAUAUAUUAAGUCUGUGUAUGUAAAUAUCACCCCCAUGUUCUGUACAAGGGGCUUACUGUAUAUGGCAAUAUGGUGCAGGCCCCUAAGGAAGGGAUCAACAAAGCAAUUAAAAUUCUGUAACUUAUUAUUUUCAUCAGCAUUUCUGUUGUCUUAAGUUGAUCGUAUGUAAAAAUUCAAAGAGAGCAGCAUUUAACCAAUCCGUUUUCUACAUGGUUGGUGGGAUCUGAUACUGCCUCUGGUGUUGUAUAUGCACUAAAUAUAGAUACAGCACAUGACUGUUAUCAAAUGUGGAACACAUAUUGUUGGUUCUCCAAAUAUGUAUGUUCAGUAACCUAUAUGCUGAGAUUUCAAUACUGACCAGCCUGAUGUUCUAUGAAAUAGUUUUUGGAUGCGGAAGUAUUGUCCAUUCUUUUCCCAUGGUAACAGAUAACCAGACCUAUUCUAUUUUCUUUCCAAUUUUAUAGACCUAUGGUGCACCUUUCAAUCUGUUCUCCUUAGUUAUGUGGGAGUAAGAUAUAGAGGGUCUAAUUUUGUUUUUAAAUGUUUUAAUUUAGCAAAUUCUGUCAGAUAGCAUUAGAGCAAUGGGUAAGUAUGUUCUUAUUUGGGAAUAGAAUUAGAAAUUUAAAGAUUGUGUCCCAUGUAAGCUCUGUUAAUUUGCUGUACAUUUUAAAGUUUAGAUUACAUGGUGUGUCAAUAUAAUUUGGAUAAUUCUUUGUUUGGAGGUUUGUGGAAUAAAGUGCCAGAUUAGAAAAAUUUGCACAUUGGGGGAUGUGCCAGAUUAAAAACUGUGGCGAGCAAAUACAGAGG